UCCAUUGAAUGGCACCACUGGCAGGUUAUUUUCGAAUCCGUGAGAAGAUUUACCAAGAGUUAUUGAGAACAUGCUAGGAAUUACGCACUCCAGGUGUUUUUGAAUUACGAGAAAGUCAAUCAAUGUUGAUGUUACGAUGCAAUGGGGCUAAAUGCAGUGUUCAUGCAAACCUACAUCGGUGGGGUCUCGUGCCCGCUCAUAUGCGGGAAGAGAUGGGUCAACCACGGGGUGCUGCUCGUGGGCUAUGGUUCGAAAGGGUUCUCCGUAUUGAGGCUCGGGAAGCAGCCCUACUGGAUCAUAAAGAACUCAUGGGGUAAGAGGUGGGGCGAGCAUGGUUAUUACCGGCUGUGCCGGGGACAUGGGAUGUGCAGGAUGAACACAAUGGUCUAUGCCGUCGUGAUGCAGAUCUCAUAGUUCUUAUUGUUCAUUUUUCAAUGCUGCGGAUGGACCUCGUGAACUUAUCAAUAUGCAUGCUUAUUGAUUUCGAGGUUCAUCUUUU